AUGUCUCACUACUACUACUUCAAGAAAUAUGAAUUGUUGCAAAUCGGGUCUGUGAGUAGUAUUGUCUUGAAGCGGAGUAGCGAGAGUGACGAUUUAGUCUAUAUGGUUCCAGUGGAAGGUUAUUUCGAGAAACUGUUAGAAGCUCAUAAUCAAACUGGCCAUGGACGUCGAGAUAAGAUGCUGUACUACAUGAAACAACAAUGGCGCAUCCCCAGGAGUGCAUACGCAGUGACAUGUCAGGAAUGUGAUCUGGAAACGCACAUUAAUUGUGGGACCUUGGCCGAUCAAGAUACAUUUUUUUGCUCGUUAUGCUCAAAAGAAAAACAUAUCCAUGAUGUACAGGAAGAUUGCCAUAGUAGGCAGAAAUUGGCAGUAAAUAAAAUGGUAACAUUUUCUACUGAGGAAUUUCCAGAAUUGGCUGCUGGAGAUUGCAUUACACUAGCAGUUUCAACUGUAGAUCGAGCCUCCAUUGACUUCAGCAGAAUCUUGGGCGUUGUUCUAGAUAAACAAAAUGAAGUAUAUCAAAUCGGAACUAAGGCAGGAAUAAUGAAGGGUUGGUCUUCUCGACCGGAGAUACAGAAAUCAGGAGCCAGUAUGAUUACUCUUCUGGAUGUUCGGAGAGAUAAUUUUCUUACUCUUAGAGAAGCAGCGGUGGCGCAAUCAAAAUGCGGGGGCCAAGGUUACAAAAAAUGUAACUGCAAAGUGACAAAAGAGCAAUGUUCGACAAAGCGGUGUUCUUGCUUCAAAGCCAAUAUGAAAUGCGGAUCUCGGUGCCACAAUUCUAAUCCUUGUGCGAAUAAAGACUGUUAA